UAGCGUUUGUAGACUGGCGCCGGCGUCUUGUUUGUUACGUUUGGAAGUGAGACAAAAACAGAUGCUCUUCUGUCAUUAACUGAAGUUUGGUUAUUUCCUUUUGUCAGACAGCUCCAGUGUUGCUUAAGUAUAAUGGAAACGGAUGAUUUGGUUUUCUGUGCUACGCAUCCUUACUGAAAGGAUCCUUACUUAUUGAAAGAUGAACGCUGUCGUCGGGUCAACAAAAUAUUUUAAUAGUGUUUCGGUCGAAUGUGCAAAAUCAAGUUCUGGCCGUGGUUCUGAAUGCCCCACGUUAUGGUAUGAGAAAGGACAGGGGGCCCAGAGCCCCAACAGAGGCGCUGAGAGUACAGCAGACAUCAGGAUUGGUCCUGAAGAGAAGCUGUUCCAAUGGCAGACUGAAGCACAAGCCCUGGAAGACAGUCAGCAGAUUGAUGCAUGUGUCCAGGCCCAGGUGCGCUGUGUAGCCCUAGCGAGGCUGGUAUAUGGAGACAGCCAUCUAAAAUUGGCUCAGGCCCAUGCCAGACUGGCUCAGUGUUACCUGCAGUUGAAAGGCUGGCCACAGCAGGCGCAGGAACACACUGCGAAGGCCAGGGCUAUCAUCCUGUCCUGUUCCCCUGAAGCAGCAGGCGAGGAGAAGGCAGAGGUGCAGGAAUGUUAUUUUACUGUAUAUUACACUCAGGGAAAAUCAGCCCUCCUUCUAGGCAAGCUGGAGGAGGCUGAGGUUAAUUUGGAAAAAGCCGACUUGCUUUUCGGAGAGCUCCAGCAGGUGGAAGGCAAGAGGAAGCAAACAGAGUUUGACAUCGCCUCAACCUUAUCCAGAUUAUACCGGCGUCAGGGCUGCCCGGAUAGGGCUCUCUGCCAGUGUGAGCGAGCACUGAAGCUUACCGAGGGACCCCACGCAGCCUGUGCUGUCUACAAGGACAUGGCAGCCAUAGAGGAAGAACAGGGCCAGCCCAACGCAGCAGUACAGUACCUAUUAAAGGCGUACUCCCUGGUCCAGGAGGUGGUCCCAGGUGGACUGGAGGAGGCAGACAUAUGUUACAGUCUAGCUGUGGCCUACUCUAAAUCCCAGGACCCCAAGGGCCUUGACAGUGCUGCCUCAUUCUUCCAGCAGAGUCUGAGUAUCUACAGCAGGUGUCUAAGGCCAGGGGACCCCCUGACGCUCUCAGUGCAGGACAAGUACUGUCGGGUCCUCCUCCUCAGCGGCCAACAGGAGAAGGCUAUGAAAAUCCUGAAGGAGUCCAUGUCCCUGAAGAAGAGCACAUUUGGGGACCUGAGUGCCGAGGUGGCUGACAGUCUGCAGCUGAUUGGUGGAGUGCAGAUGACACAAGGGGAAAUGAUGCAGGCCUACAGAACUAUGAGCAAGUGUCUGGAGGUUCAGAGCCUGUUGUAUGGUGCCCAGCACAGAAAGACUCGAGUCAUACAGCAAACUGUAGACCUGCUGUCCAAGGCUCCAGAAGUGGCCGGCAGACAUCAUAAGGCAGAGAGAAUGAAACACAGACCACCUUUCUGUGCUGUGGUACCUUCUCACCUUGUUCCAGCAGGAGCAGCUCUCAGUCCAUCUGACUCUGAGCAUCUUAAAAAAACAUUUAACUAAUGCCAAGGUUUCUCAAUGAUAAGUUCAAAAGGAGAGGAGGAGUGAUUGACUUUAACAUGUUUUGCUUAUGAUUCAAACUAACAGUGCUAUCCAUUUAAUAUUAUCUAAUUAAACUGGUUAGCAACAAUAAAUUGAAGACAGUUAGGAUUUGGUGAUGUUACAGGGAAAAUGACCAUGUGUUUAUGUAAGAGAACAGGUUUCAGACAGUUCUGAAGAUCUGCCGUAGUGUAAUAAACACCUGUAACCACUGUGCACUUCUUGAAUAUCACAGACCCAAACACCAUAACACUGUAAGAUAUAUUUUAUUCGUAGGACUGAUCAAUGCUCGAAGAAUGUAUAUUAUGUGGGGGGAAAAGAUUCCUUAUCCUUAAUUAGCCAACAAUGUGUGGCAUUUCCUUAGCACGUCAGGUUUUAGAAGCAUGUUAAAGGGCAUGUACAUCUAGCCUGCUCAUUCAAGCCAAGCUGUUACCAAUAACACUGUUACUUCAAUCACUAGAGGUUUUGAGAUGUAUCAUUAAUGUUAGAAUAAAAUAACAUUAAAAGAAA